UUCCUAAGUCAAGAAGAAAGUUGGGAUCUCUUUUGUAGGAAACUACUUGAUGUUCGAGCAAUGGUUCCAGAAAUGGAAAGUCUAGCUAAGGAUAUGGUGGAAAAGUGUGGAGGCUUACCUCUUGCAAUUGUUGUAUUGAGCGGACUACUUUCACAUAAAAAGGGGCUAAACGAAUGGCAAAUGGUGAAAGAUCACCUUUGGAAGAACAUUAAAGAAGAUAAAUCUAUUGAAAUCUCCAAUAUACUAUCCUUAAGCUACAAUGAUUUGUCAACUGCGCUCAAGCAGUGUUUUCUCUACUUUGGUAUUUUUCCAGAAGAUCAAGUGGUCAGGGCUGAUAACAUAAUAUGGUUGUGGAUGGCCGAGGGUUUCAUACCCAGAGGAGAAGAAAGAAUGGAGGAUGUCGCUGAAGGCUUCUUGAAUGAGCUGAUAAGACGAAGCUUGGUUCAAGUGGCUAAAACAUUUUGGGAAAGAGUUCCUGAAUGUAGGGUUCAUGAUUUACUCCGUGAUCUUGCGAUACAAAAGGCAUUGGAGGUAAACUUCUUUGACAUUUAUGAUCCAAGAAGCCACUCCAUAUCCUCUUUAUGUAUCAGACAUGUGAUUCAUAGUGAAGGAGAAAGCUACCUCUCACUUGAUCUUUCUAACUUAAAGUUGAGGUCAAUUAUGUUCUUCGAUCCAUAUUUUCUUAAGAUGAGUCUUAAAAACUUCAGGAGUGUGUUCCAACAUCUAUAUGUGUUAUACUUUGGUAUGGGUGUUAGGUGUAGUGUACCUGAUGACAUAGGAAGUUUGUACCAUCUCAAGUUCUUAAGCUUGAGAGGUAUGGAUGACCUUCCUUCUUCCAUUGGCAACCUCAAGAAUCUACAGACACUUGUUGUUGAUACGGGUGGAUACACUUGCCAACUACCCCAAAAGAUAGCUGACUUGAUAAAUUUAAGACAUUUAGUUGCUCGGUACGAUUCAAAACCUCUGGUACAUAUAAACAAACUCACCAGUCUUCAAGUUGUUGAUGGCAUCUGUUGUGAUCAGUGGAAAGAUGUUGACCCUGUUGAUUUAGUCAAUCUUCGAGAAUUAAGGAUGAAUGGUAUUAGCAAAUCUUACUCCCUAAACAACAUUAGCAGCUUGAAAAACCUUAGCACUCUCGCAUUGUUUGGUUGUAUUGAGGAAUCAUUCCCAGACCUUGAAUUUGUUAAUUGUUGUGAAAAGCUCCAGACAUUGUGGUUAAGUGGGAGAAUAGAGAAACUGCCUCAUCUGUUCCCAAAUUCCAUCACAAUGAUAGCUCUUUGGAACUCAACACUGACAGAAGAUCCGAUGCCUAUUUUGGGAAUGUUGCCAAACUUAAGGAAUCUCCAAUUGUUUAGUGCUUAUGAAGGAAAAGAAAUAAUGUGCAGUGAUAACAGCUUCAGUCAACUAGAGUUCCUUCAUCUUCGUGAUCUUGAGAAGCUAGAAAGAUGGCAUUUAGGCACAAGUGCCAUGCCUCUGAUUAAAGGUCUUGAUAUCUAUGACUGUCCAAAUUUAAAGGAGAUUCCUGAGAGAAUGAAAAACGUGGAGCAGUUGAACCGGAAUUAUAUGUUGUGUGGGACCAAGAAUCAAGCAACACUAUUUAAUAAGCAUAUCGAGACAUGGAAGGACUCCUUGAAGCCUAAGAGUUACUACAUUGCCAAAGGGCGGUUAGAUAGCGUCAACCCCAACUACUCUUCUGUGCACAAAGAAGUUGAAUUGGCCUUUACAGACAAUACAAUCAUACAGGAGACUGAGCAUGCGGUUUCAACUCACAAAUUCUCUGAUGGCUUUUUAUCAUUGGAACAUGCUGAUAAAUUACCUAAUGGUUCUAUUCUAGACUUGAUUUGCGUCUUAGUUUCGGUGAAUCCCCUCAUUCAAAAUGCAAAUUCCAAAAGACGGGAAAUAGUUGUUACAAAUCAGCUCAUGGAGCAUACAACCGUUACUCUUUGGGGAGAUUUUGUUGAAAAUGACGGUGCAUUCCUCGAAAAGCUGCAAGAUAAUAAGCCUAUACUGGCCUUAUGUGACGUCAAAGUCUCAAUCUAUAAAGGCCGAUUUGGGAUCUCUACUAUUCCUGUGAGCAGCAUCUUAAUCAAUCCAAUGUUCCAAAAAGCAAACGACCUUCGAGCAUGGAUUGUAUGUACAAGUUCAAAGCAACAAUUGAAGACAUACUCAAUAAAGAUGAGCCAUGGUAUUCGUCUUGCAAAAAGUGCCACAAAAAAGUGA